AUGCUAAUAUUGUUUUCUGUGGGGAUUCUGGGGAUGAGUCUAACCCUCCCCCCACACACACAAACGAAACAACCACCAAACUCCCCUCCACCCCUCAAAAUCCUCAACCACCGUCUACGGACUCCUCUACACCCUCUCCCCCCGCGACGAAACCCUCCUCGACACAAGCGAAGGCGUCCCCUUCGCAUACACGAAAAUUUCUCCUCUGAUCACCCUCCGAUCCGUUUCGCCCUCCCUUGGUGCGCCCACAAUAUCCUUUCUCUUGUCUUUAUUUCCUGGUUCCGGAUUCCGUUUCCACGGUUUCCGUUUCCGAAGUUUCAAGUGCCGGGUUGGCAUUCCCCCCUCUGCUUCCCUCGUCAUUUUUUCUCUGCGCCCUCUCCUCCUUCUCCUCCUCCUCUCUUUCUCCCCACCGCCUCCCAACCAUCCCAACCAUCACCACCCCUCCAAAUCCGCGCACUAACCUACAUCGAUACCCUGCGUAUCACCCCCUCGGCUCCCAAUCCAGAAUAUGUUACGCGCAUGAAUCGCGGGAUUCGAGAUGCGAUUUCCGAGGGAUUUCCUCCAUCAUAUGUACGAGAUGUGAUGCGUCUUUACAUUCCCGCUCGCGAAGAGGGAGGGGACUUCUGA